AUGCCUAGUGAAAUUAUUACAUUGCAACUUGGACAAUGUGGCAAUCAGAUUGGUAUGGAGUUUUGGAAACAAUUAUGUGCAGAACAUGGUAUAAGUCCUGAAGGCAAACUAGAACCAUUUGCAACAGAAGGUUCUGAUCGAAAAGACGUCUUUUUCUAUCAGGCCGAUGAUCAACAUUACAUUCCUCGUGCUGUUUUACUUGAUCUUGAACCUCGUGUUAUUGAUGGUAUUCUGAAAUCAUCAUAUAAACAUUUAUACAAUCCUGAAAAUGUUUAUAUUUCAAAAGAUGGUGGAGGAGCUGGUAAUAAUUGGGCUCAAGGUUAUCAUCAAGGUGAUAAAUUAUCUGAAGAAAUUUUCGAUAUAAUUGAUCGUGAAGCUGAGAAUGGAGAUUCUCUUGAAGGCUUUGUACUUUGUCAUUCAAUUGCUGGCGGAACAGGUUCAGGCUUGGGUAGUAAUAUCCUCGAAAAAGUUAAUGAUAGAUUUCCAAAAAAAUUAAUUCAAACUUAUUCCGUUUUUCCUAUGACAAAUGAAGUGGCUGAUGUUGUUGUUCAACCAUAUAAUUCAGUUUUGACACUCAAACGUUUAAUCGAAAAUGCUGAUUGUACUGUUGUCUUAGAUAACACAGCAUUAAAUCGUAUAGCUACUGAACGUCUUAAAAAGGCAACACCAACGUUAGCUGAACUGAAUCAGCUAGUAUCAACCAUUAUGUCUGGCAGUACUUCGACACUUCGAUAUCCUGGUUAUAUGAAUAAUGAUUUAAUUAGUUUGAUAUCAUCACUUAUUCCAACUCCUCGUUUACAUUUUCUUAUUUCGGCCUAUACACCAUUGACAUCUGAUAAAACAGAAUCUGAAGUUCGUAAAACGACUGUUCUUGAUGUAAUGCGUCGUUUAUUACAACCUAAAAAUGCUAUGGUUACAACUGCAUCUCGUGAUAAAAAUAUAACUCAUUGUUACGUUUCAAUCUUGAAUAUAAUUCAAGGUGAAGUUGACCCAUCGGAGGUUCAUAAAAGUUUAAUGCGCAUUCGUGAACGAAAAUUAGCAGAAUUUAUUCCAUGGGGACCAGCAUCAAUUCAAGUAGCUCUAUCAAAAAAAUCGCCAUAUGUUACAACACAACAUCGUGUUAGCGGCUUAAUGCUUGCCAAUCAUACAGGCAUUUCAUCACUAUUUGAUCGUAUCUGUGAUCACUAUGAUAAAUUAAUAAAGCGCGAAGCAUUCGUGGAAAAUUUUCGUCGAUUACCAAUGUUUAAAGAAAAUCUCGAUGAGUUUGUUGAUUCACGUGAAGCUGUACAACAGCUUAUGGAUGAAUAUCGUGCAGCAACAAGAAAAGAUUAUAUCAAUUUUGGAAAUACAGAAACAACUCAAGAAAGUAAAAGCUGA